UUAUAUUAUGUCUAUGACGUAAUCGGUGACUCCGGUCCGGUGGCGUGAGCGAUACAGAACCAGAAUCUGGAGCAAUUUGGGGCUGCGAUGGAGGGCCAGGACCAGAACCAAGACAAGCACCAGGACUGGGGAUCCUCCUGUUGUCCUUCCAAGUGGAAGAAGCAGAAACGUAAAGGGAAAGCGGGGUCAAAGGGUCACCGCUGUCCACUGUGUAGUAAAACCUUCCAGUCAGCUGUGAGGCUGAAGGUCCACCAGAUCGUCCACAGUGAGGAGAGACCACACAUCUGCGGCGACUGCGGCGCCUCCUUCAAGGUGUUAAACUCCCUGAAGCUCCAUUGGCGGAUUCACACCGGAGAGAAACCAUACAGCUGUGUGGAGUGCGGAGCGUCCUUCUCCGUGUCCAGCAGUCUGAAGAAACACCAGCGGCUCCACACGGGGGAGAAACCCUACAAGUGUGACGUGUGUGGGAAGUGUUUCACUGAGUCCAGCGCCUUGACAGUCCACAGACGUAGACACACGGGUGAGACACCAUACCAGUGUGACGUGUGUGGGAAGGGAUGUAAAACAUUGUCUGAGCUGAGACAGCACCGGCUCCAGCACACUGGAGAGAAACCGUUCUGGUGUCACCAGUGUGACAAACGUUUCGUCGCCAAGCAGAGUCUGCAGAACCACGAGGUCAUCCACUCGGACCUGAAACCGUUCAUCUGUGGCGAGUGCGGAGCAGCCUUCAAGCUGGCCGUCUCCCUGAGGGGCCACCAGCGGGUUCACGCCGGGUACCAGUGUGACGCCUGCGGGGAGAUGUUUGCCACAGCGCUGAUCCGAGCCAAUCACAAACGUAGCCACAAGUGGCUGGACAUGCUGCAGCGCAACGAGCGUUUCCAGAAGCUCCAGAUGAUGUCCGCCGGACACGGCAUGGUUCCAGGACAGACUGGACCACCCGCCGGACCCGGGGAUCUAGCUGUGAAAAGAGAAUGGACUGAGUCAUGAUCAGAACUGGCCAGUUGGAUCCGGAAGGCUUCAUGCCUGCUGUUCGUCAGCCGGACCAACAGGAACCUGAAGGAAGGUCAGACGUCAUCUUGUCUUCAGGAAGAUUCUACUGGCCUUUACUUGAACUUUAAUAAUCAGAUUUCCUGCUGCAAAUAUUGAAGUUAUAUUUCUGUAGUUUUCAGAAUAAAGUUUUUGUUGAAUCAAA